ACUUUUCCUUUUUCAAAUUAUCUUUUUCGAAUUCAAUUUCCUCACGAUCACUGUGUGUAUGUCACAUAACGCCAUACAUAAUGAAUGAUUAGAAUGGAGCAAUGCCGCUACUGAAUGACAUGUCCCGACUCCUACAUGGAUGAAAAUGAUGCUGCCUCUUAUCAACAUUACUUGCAAGCGUUUGCCUUUCCAACUGCAGCGUUCAACGUCCAGUCGCGCGUACUGAAUUUUUGCUUCGUGUCUUGCAUACUACUACUACUACUACUACUACUACUACUACUACUACUUACUGCGUUUAUCGCACCGCACCCAACUACCAGUCCCUCAAACAGCAUACAUAUACUUAUGCUUGUGUUUCUGGAAUCUUGAAUUCUUGAAUUCAGCAUGGCCCCAAUCUCACGAUUAUAUUAUGCCUUUUUUUUUU